GCAGCCCCAGCCCCGCGCCGGAGGCAUGGAGCGGUGCCCCAGCCUGGGGGUCACCCUGUACGCCGUGGUGGUGGUACUGGGGCUCCGGGCGGGGCCGGCGGGCUGCCAACACUACCUCCACAUCCGCCCGGCCCCCAGCGACAACCUGCCCCUGGUGGACCUUAUCGAGCAUCCGGACCCUAUCUUUGACCCCAAGGAGAAGGAUCUAAACGAGACUCUACUCCGCUCCCUGCUUGGGGGUCACUACGACCCGGGCUUCAUGGCCACCGCGCCUCCUGAAGACCGGCCAGGCGGGGGUGGGGGAGCCGCCGGGGGCGGCGAGGACCUGGCAGAGUUGGACCAGCUGCUGCGGCAGCGGCCGUCGGGGGCCAUGCCGAGCGAGAUCAAAGGGCUGGAGUUCUCCGAGGGCUUGCCCCCGGGCAAGAAACACCGGCUUAGCAAGAAGCUACGCAGGAAGUUGCAGAUGUGGCUCUGGUCGCAGACCUUCUGCCCAGUACUCUACGCUUGGAACGACCUGGGCAGCCGCUUCUGGCCCCGCUACGUGAAAGUGGGCAGCUGCUUCAGCAAGCGCUCUUGCUCCGUGCCGGAGGGCAUGGUCUGCAAGCCGGCCAAGUCGGUGCACCUCACUGUGCUGCGGUGGCGGUGCCAGCGGCGAGGGGGACAGCGUUGCGGCUGGAUCCCCAUCCAGUACCCCAUCAUUUCGGAAUGCAAGUGCUCUUGCUAGAACUCGGGGUCCCUCAUGCCCAGACCCCAAUUCUCGAUCCACCCACUCGCCACCCACCCCGCCCCACCCCCAUUCUGCCAACCUUCCAAAUCGGAUUCA